AUGCUUGUUGCUGCCGAACUGGCUGAUAGAGAUGACGUUUCCAAAGACUUCAUCGCAGCCGAUUCCACCGCGCUCGACGAGCUCGUUGCUGGCAGAAUCGCUGAUGCCACCGCAUUCAACAUGCUCGCCGCUGUCGUUCUUACUGAUGCGACCUCGCUCGACGAACUUGUCGCCGCUGGUACAGACAACCCUUCCAAAGACUUCACAGGCAUCCUCACCCUCGAGGUCGCCGCUGCAGCUCUCGUAAUGUUGGUCAACGAAUACUUAAAAGUCUCCCUCUCCGAACCACUUGCCACAACGACGCCAUUGUAA